CGGAGAUUGACAAGCGCCUCGGUGGCCGCGGAGAAGAAGGAGGAGGCCUAGCCGAGCAGACGCCCAGAAGCAGCCUCCUCCGCCGUUUUUUUCCCCUCCCGGAAAUCCUCCGCCAUCCUCCGUUACCCCGGCCCCCGAGGCCUUCGGGAGCGCUUCCGCCGGAAACCCCAGGCUCCCCGCAACCCUCACAGGCAGAUCGGGAAGCGGCGCAGAGAAUUUCCUUACUCGAUGACAUUUCAUCGCAAUGUCCGAUCGUUUGGGGCAAAUAACCAAGGGAAAGGAUGGGAAAAGCAAGUACUCCACGCUCAGCCUGUUUGAUAAGUAUAAAGGAAAGUCAGUAGAAGCCAUCAGAACCACAGUUAUUCCUAGGCAUGGCUUGCAGAGUCUUGGAAAAGUUGCCGCUGCCCGGCGCAUGCCGCCUCCUGCCAACUUGCCCAGUUUGAAGUCGGAGAACAAAGGCAACGACCCCAACAUCAUCAUCGUACCCAAAGACGGAACAGGAUGGGCAAACAAGCAGGAGCCCCCCGACCAAAAGAGUUCCGGUGCCACGGCCACACAGCCGCCGGAGUCGCUGCAGCCGCCGGAUUUGCAGAAAUCUGUCUCCAGUUUACAGAAGCUGACACAGUCCAUCAACCAGGAGAAUCCAAAUUUAGCGCCAGGUGGACCAAAGUCAUGGGCACAGCUGAAUGGAAGGCCAGCCGGACACGAAGGUGGUUCAAGGGCCUCAAGCCGACUGUUAUCCUUCUCUCCCGAGGAAUUUCCGACGCUGAAGGCAGCCGGCGAGCAGGACAAGGCUGGCAGAGAAAAGGGCGCCUUAGAUCCGUCGUAUGGGCCCGGACCAAGCCUCCGCCCCCAGAACGUGACGAGUUGGAGGGAGGGCGGCGGCAGGAACAUCCCCUCUGCCCCGCCGCUGGGCGCCUCCCCGAGUGAGCUGGGCGGCGGCGGAAGCAGCAGCAAGGCUUUGGCGGCCGCAGAAGGGCCCCCCUCCGACCCCAAGGAGCCCUCCCUCCGCCCCACGCAGCCCCUCCUCCUCCGCAAAGGGCCCGCCUCCCCCUUCGGGGCCGGCCUCUACCAGCCGCCCACCUACCACGACAUGCUGCCCGCUUUUAUGUGUUCGAAGCAACCCGAGCCCCCAGUUCCGCUCCAGCGCGGCUCCUCCUCUUCCUCCUGCUUCCCGAUGCCCCAGUUCCGCCUGGAGCCCCGCAUCCCCUUCAGACAAUACCAAACCAGCGACCAAGACGGGAAAGACCCCCGGCUUGGGGCCUCCCGCCCAACCCGCCCGGCCCGCCCACAGGGGGAGCGCGUGCCCCGACCCACCAUCAUCAAUGCAGAGAACCUAAAAGGGCUGGAUGAACUCGACAACGAUGCAGACGACAGCUGGGCAGGCAUCCAUGACGAAGUGGAUUACUCCGAGAAACUGAAGUUCAGUGAAGACGAGGAAGAGGAGGAAACCCUCAAGGACGGAAGGCCGAAAUGGAACAGCUGGGACCCCCGUCGGCAGAGACAGUUGUCCCUGAGUUCGGCAGAGAGCACUGAGGCCCGGCACCCGGCCCAGGAGGAGGCCAAGGCCUGGAACGACGCGGCUGGACUCUCACGGCCCCUCCGCAAAGCACCCGACGUUGCCCCCGCAGCCCCCAGGAAGGUCAACGGCUGGGCCCCCCUCCCUGACUCGCAGAAGCUUCCCCCAGGGCCUUGCCUCCGCCAGUCAUCGUCUUCCUCGGAGGAGAAAGAGGAGAAGCAGCAGCAGCCGCCACCGUUGCCUCCGCUUGCCUUGCGGCAGAAGUUCCUGCAGUCGGAGAUGUCGGAGGCGGUAGAGCGGGCUCGCAAGCGGCGUGAGGAGGAGGAGCGCCGGGCUCGGGAGGAGCGCCUGGCCGCCUGUGCCGCCAAGCUGAAGGAACUGGACCAGAAGUGCAAGAAGGCACAGAAGGCAGCCGUGGAGGGGCCCAAGGAGCAGCAGCAGGAGGACAGGGGGCCCCGUCCUGAGAAGAAUGCCCCUGCAACCGCGGAGAGCCACCGCCACACCACCCGCAGAGGGAACUCCGAGUUGCAUACGCAGGAGUCCUCUUCCAGUUACGGGGAAGAAGAGGCCCCGGCUGUGGCUACGUCGUUGGCCCAUCGCAGCAACAGCAGCGAGGAGGAGAAUGGGGAGGCCGCCUCACCGGGGCAGGAGUUCAACAAGUUCUCGAAGCUGCUUCCCCCUCGUUUCCAGCGGCAGCAGCAGCAGCAGGACCAGCUGUACAAGAUGCAGGGCUGGCAGCCGUCCUCCUCGCCCUCGCAGGCCUACCCAGCGGCCUCUUCCUCCUCUUCGUCCUCCGGCUCCUCUUCCUCCGCCUCGUCGCACCCUUCGCAGCAGCGGGCCUUCUUCCCCCCACCACCUCCGCAGAUGCUGGGCUUUGACCCCCGCUGGAUGAUGAUGCCCUCCUACAUGGACCCACGCAUGAGCCAGGCCCGCCCUGCCGUGGAUUUCUAUCCUUCCGCACUCCAUCACCCAACAGGGAUUCUGAAGCAGGACUCUAUGAGUGGCGGCCUCAGCUACCCCUCGGAAAGGUCGGAGGGGCAGGCGGAGAGGAAGGAUCCAUCUGCUCCAGCAUGGGGACAGGAAAGCUACAUCUCCCUCCAGAGCAAAGGGGGGGCCCUCCCACGCCCCAAACAAGCCGAAGGCACUCUGCAUUCCAGGAAUGACAACUUCCGGGCCCAGAAGGACCUUUUUGAGGAGCCAGAGGAUUACUUGAAUGCCUUCGACAGGAAGGCCGGUUACGAGAGCUGUGUCCCCUCCGCCUCCCAACGCUUGAGCCAGGAUCGUGGUUUCUCAUCCCAAGAGCGCAACACCAUGGAGCCUGGGAAGAAGCCGGAGUGCAACGGUUGGGAUGCCGGUCUGUACUCAAAGACCUCCGAAGUGGCGGUGUCAUCGUCAAAGGAGGAAGAGGCUUCUCGUCGGGAUGACGAGGAGGAGGAGAAAGCUGCGGAGAAGCCGGCUGCUUCUGCUUCGGCCGAAACCAGGUGGGCUUCUGAAACGCGGCACGGUGGCCACUCGGAAACAACGGGAAGGGCCCGCCGAUCUGGUCCCAUCAAGAAGCCGGUGCUGAAGGCUCUCAAAGUGGAGGAGAAGGAGAAAGAGCUGGAGAAGGUGAAGUCAGCAGAAGUGGAAGAGGUGAAGGAAAAAGCGGUGCCUGUUCCAAGAGCAGAGGACAACAGAGACCGAGAUCUUGCCGCUUUGCCUCCAGUCUCCAACUAUCGCUUGGCAGAGGAGAAAGGCCCUUCUCGGGAAGUGGAGAAGCCCCGUGAGGAGGAAGAGGAGGAAGAACAGGAGGAGGAGGAGGAGGAGGAGGAGGAAAAGAGCGGGAGGAAUCAGUCCCGGGAGCCUGGGGAUUUGCCCCCGACAAAGAGAAACAACUGGAUUUUCAUUGAUGAGGAACAGGCCUUUGGAGGAAGGGGGCGGGGGCGAGGCCGCGGCUUCAAGGAGUUCACCUUCAGAGGGGGGCGAGGCAACGCAGCCGUGAAUGGGAACAUCAGCCGAGCCACCUCCACCAUUCCCAGCGUCCCAAGGAGCAGCCGGGGCCGGCCUUUGAAGGAGAUCAAUUCCUUAGCGGCAGAGGAGGAGUUUCCGCGAGGGAAGCCGCGUCGUCGCAUUGCCAGCGAGACCCACAGUGAGGGCUCAGAGUAUGAGGAGCUGCCCAAGCGGCGCCGGCAGAGGGGCACAGAGAACAGCGGCGAGGCAGAAGAGGGCACCGCCGGGCUCAAGAAGGGGGACACCCACGACUCCUGGCGCUCCAACAAGAUCUAUUCAGACGAGGGAGACCCUAAAGCAAGGGCGCCACUUCCGCCGCGGGCAUUUGGCCGGUCGCUGCCUCCGCGGUUGAGCAACUCUGGCUACGGCCGACGGGGCUUUGCAGCCAAAGAGGGCCCGCAGUGGCAAGGGCGAGGGUGGCAGGAAUAUGGCCAUGGCAACGGCCAGCCUCUGGAUGGCUUCGGGGCCUGGAGGGGCCACAUGGAGAGGGACUAUGGCCAAGACACAUACAACAAGCGGAGCUUUGGGGAGGAGGAUCCCCUCGAGAAGCGACACUACUUCCAGGAGGAUUACAGCGGGGAUGCGGAGAAUGGGGAGAACCGCCCCUUCCGCCGGAGGAGACCCCCUCGACAGGACAAGCCCCCUCGCUUCCGGCGCCUAAGGCAGGAGCGUGAGUCUGUGGGUCAGUGGAGCCCUGAAGAAGGCGGCAACAGCAGCGGUCAGUGGUCGAGCCGAGGGGCAACAGCGGAUCGAAGCGGACCCUCCACCCAGCGCUCCCCGGAGCUCUCAGGACAGAACUCCUCCGACCACGCCAACGAGGAGUGGGAGACGGCCUCCGAGAGCAGUGACUUCAGUGAGAGGAGGGACCGGCGCAACGGCGGCACUUCAGAGGGUGAGGCCAUGUUGGACGGUGGGCUCCCGGAGAAGAGGGAGCUGGCCAAGCGGAGCUUCUCAAGCCAGAGGCCUUUAGCGGAUAGGCAGAGCCGGAAGGUGGACCCGGUGGGAUUCGGGGAGAAAGCGGUUCGAGGCAGCGUGGGCGGCGGGCCCUCCCGAUACGAGGGCCAGCAGAACGGAGCCCUGCAAGGGAGGGGCAGGAGAUCUCCCGAGGAAGGCCUGGAGGCCGGUGGCUCUGGGAGCAGUCAUUCCCUCUACGGUUCUCAUGCCGACGGAGUGGGAAAGAAGCCGGAGGCCAAAGCUGCAUCUCAGUCAGAGAAAGGGGAGGGAGCCUCUUCGCCCUUUGAGCUUGGCUACGGAAGCAGCCUGAUGGACAGCCGCCUCUCAGGCCCUGCGGAGGAGGAGGAGGAAGAGGGCGAGGGGGGUCUCCCUAUGGCCGGCGAAGGCUUCAUCGAGGUCCUGACCAAGAAGCAGCGUCGCUUGCUGGAGGAGGAGCGCCGCAAAAAGGAACAGGCUGCACAGGCCCCGCCUAAAGGCCGUGUCCUCCAGUCCCGCAUCCCCCCGCGCUUUGCCAAGAAACAGAGCGGCCUGUGCCUCGACCAGGGAGAGAUGGCUGCCACCACCGUCUCUGGAAACAGCCUCGGGACCGAGAUCUGGGAGACGAACGGCCCUGCCCUUUCGGUUCCGUCAUCUGCGACCGAUUCUUGGAGCAAACCCACCGGCACCUUCAACAGUACCGAAUCCAACACCAACGAGCAGCAGCAAGGCUUCAAGGGCAGCCAAGGCGACAGCGGCAUCGACCUGAGCGCCGAGUCCCGGGAGUCCUCGGCCACCUCCUCCCAGCGCAGCUCCCCUUACGGCGCCCUCAAGCCCGAAGACGCGGUCGGACAGGGCCUGGCCGAGCCCAAGCCCUCCGAUGGGGGGCACAAGGAAGGCGGGCCCAAGCCGGCCGAGAAGAAGGAUCCGGAGCCAGGCCUUGGCCAGAGCAAAGACCACAAGCCCGGUCCGAUCGGCAAUGAACGCUCUUUGAAGAACCGGAAGGGCUCCGAGGGGGCCGAGCGCCUGGAAGGAGGGGGCAGCCUGCCCACCGGAAACGGGGUGGAGAUCCACGUGGACCCCGUCCUCCCUGUGCCCCCUAUUGAGUUCGGGGUCAACCCCAAAGCCGGCUUGGCCCAGUCCCUCCCAGUCCUCCGCCGGGAUCACCACCUCCAGCGCUGCAUCGGCUUGAACCCCAUGUCUUUCCCAACAGCGGACCUCACCCUCAAGAUGGAGUCUGCCCGCAAGGCCUGGGAGAACUCCCCUGGAUUGCCAGAGCAGAGCUCCCCUGUUGGCAGCGGUGGCGGCGUCAAUGGCGGUGGCUCGGGCCUGCAGCCCCCCUCGGGCGUGGGGGGACCCUCCAAUGGGGGGGUCAGUUACAGCUCCUUUGGGGGAGUCUCUGUGCCCACCAUGCCCCCCGUGGCCUCAGUGGCCCCCUCUGCUUCCAUGCCAGGAAGCCACAUUCCCCCGCUGUACCUGGACGGCCACGUCUUUGCCAGCCAGCCCCGCCUCCUCCCCCAGGCAAUCCCGCAGCAGCAGAGCUACCAACAGGCCGCCCAGCAGAUCCCGCUCUCGCUCCACACGUCGCUUCAGGCGCAGGCCCAGCUGGGCCUCCGGGGGGGCCUCCCCGUCUCUCAGUCCCAGGAAAUCUACAGCUCCAUCCAGCCCUUCAGGUCGCAGGUGUACAUGCACCCGAGCCUGUCGCAGCCCAACGCGGUGGUGCUGAAGCCCCCCUACUCGGCCUUCCCCGGGAUGCAGCCCCUGGAGAUGGUCAAGACCCCCUCGGGGUCCCCCUACCAGCCGGUCAGCGGGAGCCAGGCCCUGGUCUACGACGGGGGCGCCCUUGGACAGGCCUCCCAGAUGAUGGACUCCCAACUCACCCAGUCUUCUCACAUGGAAAUGAAGGGGUUCCACUUUGCUGAUGCCAAGCAGAACAUCCCCUCUGGCGGAUCGAUGCCUCAUGUCUACAGACCCGGCUCUGCCAGCCCUAGUGGGAAGCCCAGCCCCGGACCACCCGUCGGCAUGAACUCUGUCCAGGGCCAUUACAUCCAGCAGGCCAAGCAGCGGCUGGAUGAGGGCAAGGGGGGCCUGGGCCCCGUCAAGCAGCUGCCUGACCCUCCUCCCUCGGGCCCCAUGAAGCCGCCCCCCCGGACUGGGGCUAUCAAGCCGCAAGCCGUCAAAGUGGAGGAGAGCAAGGCCUGAGCCCUGGCCACAACUGCCACCUUCCCCCCCUUGAGGGUGAGAACAUGAGAGAAUGAGAGGAAGAGGGGAGACCCCACCACUCACCCCACGUCCCCACUUUUUCCGGAUGCGCCAAGAGAGACGCCCCUCCCGUCGCUGCAAUGCUCUUCACCCACAAAGGAGCCCUCCUUGGUGUCGCUCUGCUUGCAAACAGACAAACAAACCAAGCAACCCCCCUCUUCCCCAACUUCUCCCCGCCGUCUCCAUGUGCAAAAACGGCCGAUCUUUCGACAUUUUUGGGAAAACCGGACAGACGCAGCAGCCUCUUCUUUGGGUUUCCAUCGCCGGACUCUUUGUGUUUUCUGCAUCGUUUUCCCCUCCCUUUGUUACGGAAUCAACAUCAUGUUUCGUUUCCUUUCUCGGAUGGACCCUCCUCUUCCAUGGAUGUGCGUGUGUGUAAAAUGUGUGUGUUAGUAUGCGACGCGGAGGUUCCUUACUCUUCCUUCCAUGGGAGGCUUCGGGGCCCUUUCCUCCCCUUCUCUCCCAUCCAAAUAGAAGCAGGAAUUGCUUUUUAAAAGGAGUCAAAUGUGUACAAAGUCCGACUUGCGAAUCGUUCAGAAGCGGCCGAUCUCCAAAAAUCAUGUCGUUUCCUUCCUUUGGGGGUCUUUCUCCUUCCCUGUAUUUCCAUUUCAGUAAACGGCUCCAAGUUCCUCCUCCCUUGGAAUCCAUGCCAACAGUAUGGAGGGUUUUGUUUAUAUUUUUGGUAUUAUUAUUUUUAUUAUUGUUACUAUUAUUAUUUUGUAAUAUUUCUGAGUUCACAGCUUGCAUGGUCUGUUACAGGAGUCCCUCGCCUUGUGCUGAAUUGAGAUGUAUAUUUAAGGGUUCGACCCCAUGGGUGAUGCGUUGCAUCCUCUCCCCAUGUUUUCCCCAAUUUCUUUUGGCGUGUCCCCCAUUCAUUUUGGAUCUUUUUAUGGGCUUUUCUCCUUUUGUCCAUGUUUAGAUGCUUACUUUUUGAGCUACGUUUUGCUUCUUUCCAAAACCUAUUGACUCUUCUUCAUCUUGAUUCUCAAUCUUAUUUGAUCCUUAAUUUUCAAAACUUGGGAGGAGUUUAUUUUUAAAUUUCCCACCACCCCCCAAAGGACAAUUUGGUCUAAUAAUCCCACUAAAAACGAGAAGCCAAAAACGGGCCUCUCUGACCCUUCAGAACAAUUGCUCUGUUUUCCUUUGUAAAUAAUACUCUGUAAACAAAAAGCAUUUUCAAUUUUAAUGGUUGUCUUCUUCCUCCUCUGCUUCCUGCUUAGAAGAAAAUAUAAUUCCCUUUUAUUUCUCCCGUUGUUUCUGAGCCUCAAAACGACGUUCCCUUCGUAAUUGGGGAGCAAGCUAGACUCAUGCAAGUUUGGGGUUUGUUCCAUAAUUUAAAACAGUCUGGAGUUCUGUCUUUGCAAAGGCCAAACGCUCCCGGCUCUUUCUGACCCAAAUAACGCUCUUUUCUUAACGCUCUCAAUGCAGCGGGAUGGAUUUUCUUGGGCGAAAGAAUGUAUUUCAAGGCUUGGGAGGAAUAAACCUGCCGCGGAUGAUUGAUUUUAAUUAUUUUUCCAAGGUUUCUCCAUCUGGAUAAAGCAACAGCAGCUCUUUUUCGGGCUUUUUUUCAGUUGCAGUCAAAGUUUCCUCUCUGUCUGUAUGUCUGUUGUGUCCCCUCCCUUUGUAGAAAAACCUUCCAAGUAGAUGGUUGUUUUUAAAUAAAAUAAAAUGCUAACUUUAGGGGAAACGGAGGGUCAUUUCUUCUGUUGGUCGCUGCUUUCUCUCUCUCCAAAACAGGCACGGGCAAACUAAGGCCUGGGGGAUGAAUGGGGGAUGGAUGCGGCCCCAUAUGCACUUACCUCAGGCCCUCAUCAUUUUGCCUCUACCCUUGGCUUAAGGACAAGGCAGCGUGCUGCGUCCUUAUGCCAAAAAGACGGGAGAAGAGGCACAGAGUAGCUGAGAGUCCUCUGGAGCACUCUCGGCCACCAUGUGUCUUGCCCUCCUCCUGGCAUAAGGAUGGUGUAAGCAGCCUCAUCCUUAUGCCAGGAGGACAGCUCAAGGAAGGCAUGUGGCAGCUGAGAACCCUCAUGAGUCCUCUCAGCCACCCCGUGCCUUGUCCUCCUCUUGGCGUAAGGAUGGUGCAAGUGGCCUCAUCCUUAUGCCAGGAGGACAGCUCAAGGAAGGAACGUGGUGGCUGAGAGUCCUCUAGAGCGUGUCUUGUCCUCUUGGCAUAAGGACGGUGCAAGUGGCCCCAUCCUUAUGUCGGGAGGAAGCAUGUGGUGGCUGAGAGUCCUCUGGACUGCUCUCAAUCACCCCGUGUCUUGCCUUCCUCCUGGCACAAGGAUGGUGCAAGCAGCCUCAUUCUUAUGCUGGGAGGACAGCUCAAGGAAGGCAUGUGGUGGCUGAGAGUCCUCCAGAGUACUCAUCUACAGCCUGUCUCACCCUCCUCCUAGAAUAAUGCCAAGAGGACAGCCUGAGGUUCGGGGCAGGAGGAUUGGGGCAGUCACUGUGUGUCCCACCUUCCUCCCGGCAUAAGGAUGUGGCAUGUAGCCCCGUCCUUAUGCUGGGAGGACAAUCUGAGGAUGAUCCAGGACUAGCCCUGGCCCCACCCUCUCGUGGGCCCUACCCCUCGUGGGCCACCCCACCCAGCAUGCGAACAGCCCCCCUCCCACCAGGCCCUCCUGGCCUGGCCUGCAGUGUGGCCCCAAGGCAAAAAUGUUUGCCUAUACCUGCUCUAAAAGAAUAAUAGUAAUAAUAAUAAUAAUAAUACCCUGUUUCCCUGAAAAUAAGACAGUGUCUUAUAUUACGUUUUGCUCCCAAAGAUGGGCUAGGUCUUAUUUUCAGGGGAUGUCUUAUUUUCAAUAAAACAGGAUAGGUUUGGAAUUUGGACUCCUUUCUAGAGAGUCAAUUAAUUUGGGGUAUUUUACAAAACAUCUUUCCCCUUUUCUUUCAUGCCUUUGAAAUGUACAAUAUUUCUGUGAUUUUCUUGAAUUUUUCAGGAUUUGGCUUCUUGCUUUUGCCCCUUUCUCCAGCUUUUAUUAUGGCUACAGCUUCACAGAAUCGGAGUCAAAAUAUAAAAGGAAGGUAGCUGUGUUUCAUCCAUCUUUGAAAAAACCAUAAAUAUAACACUAAAUUUAUUUAUAUGUUUAUGAUGCUGGGAAAAAACUUUACAAAUGUCUCACUUCUCUAUUUAUAUAUUAUUAUUACGCUUGGAUUUAUUCUGUGCAAGAAAUUGCCUGCCAUUUCCUUCGUUUGCUUUUCGUCGUGGUCGAUUUUCCUGCCCUAAAUACAGCUAUUCCUAUUUCGAAGCCACUUUUUAAAGAUUUGCAACGUCUUUUUAUCUACUGGGUGUUUCCUUUCCAAAAGGAACAAUUGUCAAUGGCUUUUAGUGCUUCCCAAUUAAGCUACAUCUUCACUGUUCGCUCCUAGAAAAUUGAAAUUAUCAAUAGCUAGGUUUUGGGGAUUUUUUCCUUAUUUUUGCUUCCGUGCUGCAGACUCCAAGGUUGAUUUUGCUGUAAAAUCUCAGUAAUUUCUAAGCUUUUGAAGGGCUGGCUUUUGCAGAGAUGGAAACGUUCAUUUGGGAUUUUGGACCUCUUUGGUUUCAAGCAAGACCUUUAUUUGGGAUUUUUUGACCUCUAAGCACGUCCUUUAUUUGGGAUUUUUCACCUCUUUGGCUUCAUGCAGUCUUUUGGGGGGGGGGGGGAUUUUUGUCCUUUUUCGUUUCAUGCAAGACCUUUAUUUGGGAUUGUUGACCACUUUGCAUUCAAGCAAGGCCUUCAUUUGGGAUUUUUCACUUGUUUGGUUUCAAGCAAGAGUUUAUUUAGGAUUUUUGACCCCUUUGGCUUCAUGGAAGACCUUCUUUUUGGGAAUUUUGACCCCUUUGUCUUAAUGGAAUACCUUCUUGUGGGAUUUCUGACUUUUUUAGGUUUGUUCAAGGCCUUUACUUAGGAUUUUCCACUUUGGUUUCAUGGAAGACCUUUAUUUAGGAUUUUCCAACUCUUUGGUUUCAUGAAAGACCUUUUUUUGGGAUUUUUGACUUUUUUAGUUUCGUGCCUUUAGGAUUUUCCGCCUCUUUGAUUUAAUGCAAGAUCUUUAUUUGGGAUUUUUGGCCCCUUGGGCUUCAUAGAAGACCUUCUUUUUGGGAUUUCUGACUUUUUUUGUUUCAUGCAAGGCCUUUAUUUGGGAUUUUCCACCUCUUUGGCUUCAUGCAAGACCUUUAUUUGGGAUUUUUGGCCCCUUGGGCUUCAUGGAAGACCUUCUUUUUGGGAUUUCUGACUUUUUUUGUUUCAUGCAAGGCCUUUAUUUGGGAUUUUCCACCUCUUUGGCUUCAUGCAAGACCUUUAUUUGGGAUUUUUGGCCCCUUGGGCUUCAUGGAAGACCUUCUUUUUGGGAUUUCUGACUUUUUUUGUUUCAUGCAAGGCCUUUAUUUGGGAUUUUCCACCUCUUUGGCUUCAUGCAAGACCUUUAUUUGGGAUUUUUGGCCCCUUGGGCUUCAUGGAAGACCUUCUUUUUGGGAUUUCUGACUUUUUUUGUUUCAUGCAAGGCCUUUAUUUGGGAUUUUCCACCUCUUUGGCUUCAUGCAAGACCUUUAUUUGGGAUUUUUGCCCUCUUUGGUUCCCUUCCAACUCCUUUGAACAAAAUACUAAGGAUGUGAAUUGGUCUUCAUGUGGUUGGCAGAGCGGUCAUUUGGGGGGCUCAGUUCCUCUUUUUCUGGCUUGUUUUGGGGCCUUGGUGUGAUUUGUAGUUUCCGCAGCAUCCUAUUGUAGGGCUUUUGACGUGUGGCUGCAGCAUUUCCCUCCCCUCUUGGUGUAAAUGGCAUUAUCGUUUGUUUUCCACAAGAGGAAAUUAUGCUCCUUUCUUCCUGUGCAGUCUUCCUUCCUUCUUCCCUUCCUUUCCUUUCCUUUUUUGGCCUUUCCUCCUCUCUGACUUUUUGGCGCAGAGAAAAUAUCCAAAAGGGGCAAAAACAGCGACUAAUGUGUUUUAGAGCCUUUUUGUCUUUCUUUGGUGGGGGGAAAGAACUCUUCACAUGGACGGGGUGCCCUCUCUUCCCUCGUUUUUUUUCUUCCCCCUUUGGAUUUCCUCCUUUCAGGUCUGUGAUGAUUGUAUUAGCACUCUCUCUUUUCCAUCUGGAAGAAUUCUCCUUAUUUAAAUAAUAAAAAACCACGUGAAAAAG